AUGGUAUCAAAGUUGGUUCAGAUUAGACUACUCUUUUUCAUUGCAUCAUAUGAAGCCUUUCUCCUCUCAGCCAUGGCCUAUGACCGCUACUCAGCCAUCUGCAACCCUCUGGUUUAUGUGACAGUCAUGAACAAACAGUUCUGUAUCUUUCUGGCCUGUGGUUCUUGUCUACUUGGGGUCACCAACUCCCUGCUCAACACCCUGCCUCUGCUGAGGCUGCAUUUCUGUGGCCCCCACCUCAUCCACCACUACAGCUGUGAGAUGCCUGAACUCUUACCUCUCUCCUGCACUGACCUCUUCCUGAACAAAAUGAUCUUGUUCACUACCUUGGUUAUCUUUGGAUUUGGUUGCUUCUUCCCCAUCCUGUUUUCUUAUACCCAAAUCAUCUCUGCCAUCCUGAAGAUCAGCUCAGCCUCAGGCAGAAGCAAAGCCUUUUCUACUUGCUCCUCCCAUGUAAUUGUAAUAACCUUGUUCUUCCUGACAGGUUUGGGUCAAUAUUCGAGCCUUGCUAUUGGCUCUAUCAGCAAUGGUGCUUAUGAGUAG